AUCCGAGAACAAAACUUGAGAGAAAAUAAACUUUUCUUAGAAAGUCUUAGCAUUAAGACAGCAAAGGAAAUGCUGCAGACACACGCAAAUAAAAAAUUAGUUUCUCAAACUUCGUCAAUUUUUAAAAAGAAGUUUGAAAGGGAAGUGAAAAAUACUUCAAUUCGCAAAAGCUUACGGCUUCAACGUAUCAAUCCUAACGGUGUUCCACUUCCUGAACCAGAGCCGGUGGAAGAAUCAGUUUCUGAAAAAAGACUUCCUGUUGGACCUCUCUCAUUCAAAGAUUGCACAUUUUCUAAAGAUAUCUCAGAUGAUGACAAAAUGAAAAAGGAUGUUUCUUCAUUGAUAUGUAGUCUUAAAGUUAAACUGCCGUCGACAGGGAAGCCUUCAUUUAACAUGAAACUGUUUAAAAGCAGUAUAGAAAAAGCAAGCAUCAGUGAAAACAGGGUAGCCAAAGUUUUACCUGGUCGAUUAUUUUCUCUAGGUUGGCAUCCCUCUCCAGAAUCUUUAAUCGCAGUCGCAGGAGAUAAGUAUGGUCAUGUCGGCCUGUGGAACGUAUUGGCUCAUUCUGAAAGAGAUAACUCGCUAACCGUGUUUAAGCCACAUACAAAAGUAGUUAGUGAUUUGUCAAUUAUCACAUCAUCACCUCACAAACUGUUCACUUGUAGCUACGAUGCCACCCUUCGUUGUGGAGACUUCGAAAAGGGAAUAUUCGAUGAAGUGCUUUCGGUCCCUGAAGAAGAUGAUGACCUUCUCCGCAAUUUUAACUUUCUCGACUCACCCCACACAAUGAUUGUUUCUCAAUACAGCGGCAAUGUUUCUUUGGUUGACAUCAGGACCCCAACUUCGACGGCAGAACAUGUGUAUCGGGUCAGUAAGAAAAGCCUUCGCACCGUGAGUGUUCAUCCUGUCGAGUCCCACUAUUUUAUCGCGGCUGGGAUUGAACCCGUCGUUAACUUGUGGGACAUGCGUUCACUUCGCACUAAAUCGCCAAAACCUGUUCAGAAGUUGGAAGAUCAUUCCAGAGCAAUUUCAAGUGCCUAUUUUUCUCCCACCGGACACAAAAUCCUUUCCUCUGCUGCUGAUGAUGCAAUAUGCGUGUAUUCUGUUGAAAGAGGGAUGAAGCUGGUUCUCUCUAAACGUAUCCGCCAUAACAAUCACACGGGCCGCUGGUUGACAAAGUUUCAGCCGCAGUGGCACCCCACUGUGGAGGACAUCUUUGUAACUGGAUCGAUGAAUCGUCCCAGAGAAAUUGAGGUUUUCAAUGCAGAUGGUACACUUGUAAAGUCUCUCUCUAAUACAGAUGUCCUAGGAUCGGUGUGCAGUUUAAAUGCAUUCCACCCCAGUGAAAUUUGUACACUUGUUGGGGGAAACUCCAGUGGCAGGCUCCAUAUCUUCAUGUAG